UUUAACGCCCAUUAAAGCAAUAUUUAUAUUAACAGAGCGCAAAGCUCAAAUUACACACACACAUAAGCAAUGGCCGCGAAUGAUUCCGGCGUAGAGACGAGCAAUGAUAGCAACGAUGGAGUCAGUAAUGUUAGUGUUAAUAUUGGAGUCGGAUUAUCGGUAGGUAUUGGAGGUGGCAUAACAAAAAUCAUAGAUAUUACACCACCACCGGCCAUAAUGCCUCCCACUCCAACGUCCUCACCCAACACGCAUGAGUGGCCAAAUUUCAGUCCGAAUGCAUUCCAACUGAAUCGCGGCGAACAUUUUGCGCUACCACAUUUGCCGCCAUUACCCCUCAAUUCUGAUUAUUUGCUCCAUCCGAGUAACCUGCCGUCAGGAAGUCAUCUGUCUCAAUUUAAGAUGCGCCUCCGCACGCGUAGCAAGCAACGCUUACGUUCAAACUAUAACAAUAUCUUGGCUGAGUCAAAUGGGCGCAAAUUGCGCACGGCCGCUACCACCUGCAAUAUCGAAUUGUUAACACGCGUCUUAGAAUCUGGAGCGGAUCCUAAUGCGGCUGAUGAAUAUAAACGGAGUCCACUGCAUUUGGCUGCUUGUCGAGGUUACAUACAAAUCGUCCAACAGUUGCUGAAGUUCGGCGCCAAUCCUAAUGUUGUGGAUUCGCUUGGCAAUACUCCACUCCAUCUUGCCGUAAUUUCAGCCAGCUCUAAUAACUUUAAUGUUGUGGUACGCGUACUUCUACAAGGUGGAGCAAGUGUGCAUAUGUAUGAUCGCAGUGGUAAAACUCCUCUUGAAUUAGCCGAGGCCAAAUUACGUCUGUUGCGCACACGCUACGACCGUCCCACUCCCGAGUCAGCGAAAAUUUUAGAAGAUAUGUGCAUGCUGACAACGCUUAUUUUACGCUAUAUGGUAAAACAACAACGUGAGCUAGAAGAUCUAUCUGCGCUUGAACAACGUCUGCAGAACCUGAGUACCAGUGACGACCAAGAUCAGGUUGUUUCUCAGACAGCGGAUGAAUUACUGGCAAGUGUCGAACGUUUAUCAAUCAAUAAAUAAAUAUAAUUCAACAAGUGAUGAUGGCUCAAUAAAAAAACAGCAAAAUCCCAUUAA